CUUUGGCCUAAGAAAACCUCUUCUAGGCAGGUGUGGGAGUGUGCUAAGACCACACAGCUGGUCUAGUCUCGAGCCCAAGGCUUCUGCCCAAGGACAAGGAUGCCCAUAAAUAAAGCCAGGCCGUUCUCAACCCCAUUCAUCUCCCACAAUGUUACUGCUCAGCCUAACCCUUAGCCUGGUCUUCCUUGGCUCCUCCUGGGGCUGUGGUGUUCCUGCCAUCACACCUGCGUUGAGCUACAACCAGAGGAUUGUCAAUGGGGAGAACGCCGUGUCGGGCUCCUGGCCCUGGCAGGUGUCUCUGCAGGAAAGCAAUGGCUACCACUUCUGCGGUGGUUCUCUCAUCAGCCAGAACUGGGUAGUCACUGCUGCCCACUGCCAAGUCACUCCUGGGCAACACUUCGUUGUUUUGGGAGAGUAUGACCGGUCUUCCAAUGCCGAGCCUGUGCAAGUGCUGUCCAUCUCGAAGGCCAUUACACACCCUAGCUGGAACCCCACCACCAUGAACAAUGACGUGACCCUCUUGAAGCUGGCCUCACCAGCCCGGUACACACAGCGAAUCUCCCCCGUCUGCCUGGCUUCCUCAAACGAGGCGCUGCCCGCCGGCCUCACCUGUGUCACCACUGGCUGGGGCCGCACCAGCGGUGUGGGCAAUGUGACGCCAGCACGUCUGCAGCAGGUGGUUCUCCCGCUGGUCACUGUGAAUCAGUGUCGGCAGUACUGGGGUUCAAGUAUUACGGACUCCAUGAUAUGUGCAGGUGGCUCAGGCGCCUCCUCGUGCCAGGGCGACUCAGGAGGCCCUCUUGUCUGCCAGAAAGGAAACACCUGGGUGCUUGUUGGGAUCGUCUCCUGGGGCACUCAGAACUGCAAUGUGCAGGCACCGGCCGUGUACGCUCGAGUUAGCAAGUUCAGCGCCUGGAUCAACCAGGUCAUGGCCUAUAACUAACCUGACCACAGGUCCUUUCCCCUCUCAACCCAAUAAAGACACCAGACUCAGUUCUCUC